UGCAAGUAUAGAUUGUGUCGGUAUAAUUGUAUUCCAUGACCCACAAGUUUCGUCUGCAGCAGGACCAUAAUUAGCAAACUUCUAUUAUCAAAACCAUGUCAUCUACCAUUGACUCUCCCCGAAGCAUAAAGAUCAAAUGGCCCCAACUGGAUAUCACAGUAACGGCAGUCAUGAAUGGCGAAGCCAACCCAGAUCUAGUCAACUUGCUAUAUGAGCAUCUCCCAUAUCGCUCUCUCCAAAACCACGCCCUUGUCUCUGGCGACCACCUGUACCAUCUCGUGCCAUCCGAGAGAUUGAUUUAUACUAAAGUCAACCACGCCGUUCCCAACAGAGUAACCGAGCCAGACGGGACUGUUUUCCUCUCCGGCCUGCAGCAUCUCGCCAUAAAAUAUGGGCCGUUAACUGAAUACCUUCCAGCCGCCCCUUGUGGGAACAUUGUCGCCGAGGAUAUGGACAGCCUGGCCAGGGCGGGCAAUGCCAUCUGGAAUGCAUGCAACCAUUCCAAGCAGGUUAUCGAGGUUAUUGUCUGGGAUGCGGCCAGUUGUGAGCCUACAGGACAUCUGCCACUUUCUUUAGAACGGACAGGCGUCAGUAGAGAGGUUAGGGAUCUGGUAGACGCCAUUCAUAAUGAGACUGAAAAAUCCUGGUCGGCAAUAUCCCCAGACCUAGAACUCGUCCAUACCGGCUGUGCACAAUCGCGCGCAGGAUCCAAGAGCUGCUACUUUUCCACCAUGGUCUUUAUCAACGGCGAGAUCAGACCGCUAGGGUACAACAUUCUGAACAAUAUCCUCAAAGUCGCACAGACGGAGCCUGACUUCGAGCUGCACCAUCUGGUGAAGAUAUUUCGCAUUUUUGCGUCUGUUCCUGCUGAGUUUGUGGGCUACACCGGCGCAAACUCUCUCUGCCACAUGUAUCGGCAGAUUGAACGCAUGAUAGAAGAGAAUGUGUCAGGUAAUGACAAUCGGAAAGAGGCCAGGGAGGAUUUCUUGGCUAUGGUAAGUGCCUUUGCGAAGUAUGUGAAUCUCCUUAAUGCGCAGAACCUGCAUAUUUUUCCCUGGGGACAUGGAAAGGACUAUCCUCUGUCACUGAACUAGGCACACAAUGUACUAUCCUGCGGGCAGCAAACAAUUGAUUUCAAUAUUACUAUAUAUGUUGCGUAUACUUUUAUAACCAACCCAGGAUUUUUUCAACAGCUAAACGCCCUCGUCCUGCCCGAACGUCAUGGAAUAAAUCCUAUGGCCAUAACAACAGUAGUUCAGCAGGGUAGCUGAUACAAGACCUAAGAAUGAGGCUAUCCACCAGCUGCACAUCCACAUCCACCUGGUCCAGCUGGAGCUUCAGCUGUC